AUGUCUACACCGAGCGCCUCCUCCAACGCCGACGAGCCACCACAACAAGAAAACCACCAGCUGGCAUCGCUUUCUUCAUUGCCGCACGAGAUAGUUCUUAGCUGCUUAGCCCGCGUUCCAAGAAGCUGUCACCUAAACCUCGCUCACGUCUCAAAAACCCUAAGGUCCCUUAUUCGCUCCCGUGAGCUGCGAUCCCUCAUCCACAAGAAGAAUUCUCUUUAUGUAUAUCUCCACAACCCCAAGAAUAAGACCUACCACUGGCUUACUCUCCUUCAGUGUGAGGAAACGAUGAUUAGUUAUCGUUUGGCUCCGAUUCCGUUCCCUUGUCAUCCUUUUAUGCGCCACUCUUCAGCCGUAGCUGUCGGAUCAGAAAUCUACUACGUUGGUGGAUCCUCGGAGCCUUCCUCCGAUCUUUGGAUUCUCGAUACUCUGUCUGGAAAGUUUCAUCAGGGACCAAGCAUGAAAGUUCCACGCAGAGGUGUCGACACGUGGUUAGGAGUAAUCGACGGGAAGAUAUACGUGAUCGGUGGAGGGUGCGAUGAGAAGAAUCACGUGGAAGUGUUCGAUCCAGAAACAGAAAUUUGGAAACUUUUGGAGAAAGAGAAAGUUGUUCCACCAAGAUUUGGGUGUAAGCAGUAUAUCGCAUCGCUGGAGCAUAAGGUUUACAUGGUUGAAACCGGUGGAAUCAGUGUAUACAAUCCGAGAGAAGGUAGAGGAAAGAGGAUGGUUGGUAUGGUAAGUGAUAGACUCGGUGUCGCUGGAAGCAACAAGGCAAGGAAGAGGCUAAGUGUUAGAGUGAACUGCGUGUGUGUGGUGGAAAACGUGCUCUAUGCUUGUUUUAUUUGGCAUGGGUUGAUGUGGUUUGACACAAAGCUCAACGUUUGGAGAGAGUUGGUCAGUCGUGACGGGAAGGAGCUUACGUUCAAAUAUGUGCAUGCAAUGACAGAAUACGAGGGGAAGCUAGCGGCUUUUAGAUACCUCAACUAUGGUCACAUGAGUGAUAAUACCAAGAGUGUUAAGAUGUUCUUGUUCGCGUUGGAUAGGGUUAAAGAUAGGGUUUGUGGGACGAUCGAGUGGUCUGGUGUCGUGGCCAAAAUCCCAAAUUCCUCUGAUUUUUUGCAUUGUUUAAAUGUUUCCGAUUGA